GCAGUACACAUCACGUAUCUGGUUUAGUGCGUAACCCCCCAGCAGUUUGUGAAUCGAUUAGGUACUUCAUAUAUUUUUGUAAAACAAAAAUUUGACAGUUGAGCAAUAGAAGACGUCGCUGUCGACCCAAAUCCCCAGAGGCGCAACAAUGACAAUCAGGGCGUUAGAGAAGGUUUCCGUUGGCCAGAACGGCAUCGGUGCCUUCAUCUUGCAAUGUAGGAAAAUAGAUGUCCACUAUUGCGACUAUUCCGGAAGUUCUAGAGGAAUGAACUCCUUCAUCAAAUCCCAGUUGGCCAAAUUCGCCUCGACUCAUCCCCAGAUCGAAUUCGCCGUUUCCCCUCGACCGCGAAAGCACCCCGUGCUUAUCGGCCACUAUAUCAAUGGCAAGCAAAAGUCCAUUUGCGUCAAGAAUAUGGAUUCACUUCAAAUACUGAAGAAGUUGGAACUGUUACGAGACGCGAGCGGCGAGAAAAUAAAGAAGGUUAACAAGCCGGUUACGAGUAUCAGCGAGAGUGUGAGAGGAAUAUGGAGUCCUUACCACGGCACAGGCAUGCCGGUAUAAAUGAGAUAUGGAAGGGCGGCACCCGGGAACUUGUCACCCUUGUACAACUAUAUAUGGGCAGAGUGUAUAACACAGCUAAAGGCACAUAUACCACGAGCCUAGACCUACAGUCCAAGGCAACAUUUACGAAAAAAAAAAAUGACGAAUUCACUCAAAGAUGCUUACGAGG